AUGGAGCACGAGAUCAAUAAGUGGAUUGAUGCGGUGUCUGCUGUGAAGCGGGCCCUUUACCGGUCUGUUUUGGUGAAGAGAGAGCUGAGCCAAAAAGCAAAGCUCUCAAUUUACCCGUCGACCUAUGUUCCUACCCUCAUCUAUGAGGCCUUGCAGUGCCACUUCACCUGGGAUCUAGAACCUACCAAAUCCCAACUAAAAUAUCUCAGGUAUGCACUGGAGGACAUCGGCACAGAUGAGGGAAACGUCUGGCUGGGUCAAAUCUCCAACCUAAAGGGAUUCAUCCACUUUAAGCUGGGCUCCUCUGACAAAGCCCUGAGCAUCUUCAGACGAGCCAGUGAGACCUUCCAACGUCUUAAAAACUCUGAUGACGAUCCCUGGUUCAUGGUGAACUUUGGGAAUCUGGCUUGGCUGAACCAUCUUAUGGGUGAAGAUAAGAAGAGUCAUGAUUACCUGUCAAAGGUUGAAGCUCUAAUGAGAGAAUACUCAGCUCCACCUGAGGAAGAGCUCCACCCAGAGGUCUAUGCUGAGACGGCCUGGACCCUGAUGAAGUUCGACAAAGAGAAGAAGCUGCAGGCUGCAGAGCUCUUCCAGAGAGCCGUGAUGAUGCAGCCAGGAAUUGCAGACCAGCUGGGCCAAAUUAUUUGCAGAGACAACAUCGAAUGUCUCCGGACCUUUACUGGUUAA